AUGAUUGCUGGAUUGGGUCUGGUUACUGCUGGACUUGUGCUUGAACGUGCGAAGGAAUUGAAAGUAUUCAAAGAAAUAACAGCAAUUUAUAUACUCAUUCCAGCUUUACUUGGUUUAAAAGGCAAUUUAGAAAUGACAUUAGCUUCUCGUUUAUCUACUCAUGCAAAUAUUGGAACCAUGGAUACAAGAAGUGAAUUGAAAAUUUUAAUUAUUGGUAAUAUUGUUCUCAUACAACUACAAGCUAUUGUUAUUGGCUUUCUUGCUGCUAUUGUAUCUGUUUUUAUCAGCUGGAUAGCACAAGGUCAAUUUAAUUUUCAGCAUGCUCUUGUUUUAUGUAGUAGUAGUGUUUCAACAGCAUCUAUUGCAUCGUCAGCAUUAUGUUUAAUUAUGAUCACAGUUAUUGUUGCAUCUCAUAAAUCUUGUAUUGAUCCAGAUAAUAUUGCUACGCCCAUAGCUGAAUCACUGGGUGAUCUUAUAACUCUUGUUAUUUUAUCUAUUAUUGGUAGUUUUAUUUUUAAAACUAUAAAUGAUUAUAUAUGGUUACCAAUCGUAAUAAUAGGUUGUUAUAUACUUCUAAUACCCGUGUGGACUAUGAUCUGUGCUCGAAAUAAAUAUGUUAAAGAUGCACUUAUUGAAGGAUGGUCCCCAAUCAUAGCAGCAAUGCUAAUUUCGAGUACUGGUGGCCUAAUUCUUGAUUUUGCUGUUCAAACAUUUCAUAGCAUUGCCGUUUUUCAACCAUGCAUGAAUGGCGUGGGUGGUAGUCUGGGAGCCGUACAAGCAAGUCGAUUAUCAACUGCUUUUCAUAAAAAGGGCAAACCAGGAGAAUUUAUAAAUGAAGAAGAAAAAAAGAAUGCAGAAUCUUGUCCGAAUCCAAUUAAAAUAUUCUGUUCAAAAAGUAGUGCUUCAUGCACAGUACGUGUUUUAUUAUUCAUUACCAUACCUGGCCAUUUAACAUUUAUGUUUCUUAUUUGGCAAUUGGCUAUUGAUCAUAUUCAAUUCCCAGCUCUUUUUAUCUUAUACUAUCUAAUUGCAGCCCUUAUUCAAGUGGCUACUAUUCUUUAUAUUGCUCAAUGGUUGGUACCAUUUGUUUGGAAACAAGGACAUGAUCCAGAUAAUACAUGUAUACCGUAUUUAACAUCUGCUGGGGAUUUUCUUGGCACUGCUCUUCUUACAUGUGUCUUUAUACUUCUUCCAUAA